UGAAUAGUAAUAAGCUAAUCUAAUGCUCUGCUUGCAAUAACUUUUUGGGAAAUAAAUUCUUUUUAUGUUUGACAUUAUGUGAAGUUUUGUAUUUUCAACUAGGAAACUUACAUCCCAGAAGCUACAAUUUUACUUUAAAUUUUAAAACAAACAGCCACUUGUUAAGACAUUGUUGAUUAUCAGCUCUGAAUACUUACAUCAAAAAACGGCCAGAAACAUGUCCAGAAGAUCACAUCUUAUUGUCCAACAUCUGACAGUUGUAGUGUUUCCAGGAAUGACUUUGGCUCUGGCCAUCUUUCUUCUCGGGGCUCAGGCGAAGACCAAGUUCACGUGGAUGGCAGUUGACCGCUACGAUGAGAUCAUCGCUCACAUGGACUCGGUCAACGCGAAGAAUUGUAGGGCCAAGAGCAAAGAGCAGCUGACCUUAAGGAAAGAUGUGGUAUCUCAGCUGCCCUACUUCAACACCCUGCUGUCCAAGACUUGGUACCGGAACCGUUCCUCUCUGGUACACAUCCACAAUAUGGCGCUCAAUAGAGCCUUCUUUUACAGCUACAUUCUACAGAGGAUGAAUACUUCGUCUAACUUUGCCAAACAGCCCGGGUGGGUCUACUUCUACUACAGCGCCACCGCGGAUAUCAACGCAAACCCCAAAGUUCUCAACGGGAGCUCACUCUUCUUCGACAACCACUGCCACUACCCGAACUGGUAUACCACCGUACCUUUUAACAAAACUCUUCCAUUGUUUGGUCCUAAACUGUAUCGCUGGGAUGACACAUCGGACCAGGAUAAUCUACUCAGAGAACCCACAAGACAAGUAGUUCAGGGAGUGGACUUGGGUGCUGGACAUUCAAACUACACAGACAGGAGGUUUAAGAUGAACCCAUGGUAUUCCAACUGGAUGCCAGAUCUCAUCGGAAACAUGGACUCUCUGACCAAAUUUACAUACUACGUAGGCAUCAGACAUUCCAAUGUUACAGGUCAGUUUGAGCGAGAUUCCUUUGAAGACUUUCAUUUCUUCGGCCCUGCAUCUCCCAGUGCGUCAGAAAGUGACCCACGCAGUCUCCCGGUCGAGUUUACGGCGCCCUACUUUGAUUGCGGAGGCGCCAACAAGUGGGUGGUGAGCAGCUUUUCACCUGUCAUCGACUUCAUGCCGAGAUACUCCAACUACACCCACCUGCGCAGACAAAGGGUGGUCGCUGUGGCUGUCAUGGACAUUCAUUUAAUGGAGGUCGACUUCAACCCUUGUGGACUUAGCGCUGGGAACCCAGGUCCUAGUUACCUGUCUGGGGUUAACAGGUGUAAGAAAAUGACAUUGUGCAAACAUAAGGCUGGCUACGGUCUAAGGAGAGGAAGCUACACUUGUGCCUGUGUGCCUGGCACGCGCUACCCCUGGUAUCUAGAGAUGCCUUUUGAUGGCGAGGAUAUUGAGAGGGCUACAGACUAUGAAUACGAGAACAGCUUCAGCUGUACCAAAGUUCAAAUGGGUCAAGUCCUACCAGUAAUUGACAACUUACCUGGCUCCAGCAUUGAAGGUUCAGAGGCAUCAUUUGGCAGUGGCGGCAUGGGAGCUGCUAAUGAACAACGUAAGCAACGAUCAGCAGACGAUCGGACAGAAAACUACGCAAACGUUGGCUCAGUAUACCUAGGAGACUCUGACUUUCAGGGCAGAAAUGAAAGUUAUACAUUAAACAAAGAUCUUCAAGGCUACAUCGCCCAUGAACCAACUGUCCAGGAAAUUGUGACUUUAGCAGAUCAUAUACGAGAUCUUAAAAAGCAAAACAUUCUGCAGACGAUGUUGCCUCAAGACGUCACUGUUGACUUUUUGACCAGUCGAGAUGACCACAGAGAUAGGAACAGCGUGGGCUUUCAGAUAGAAAUGUUUUAUCAGAAAGACGUGAAUGGACACAAGCAAUUAAGUCAGAAGUUACUGCGGUCAUCUAACAACAUAACAUUGACACUGGAAGCCAUUAAAGACAGUGUGACACAGAUCAGGUCAAGACACAUCCAGAGAUUUGAGAGCAGCAGAAGUAAACCCCAAGUUAAGCGUCGUAGGAAAAGAGCAUCCGUGUAUGACGACCAGGCUAUAGAUAGGAUGCUGCGUCUCUUACGCCAAAAGUCCAGUGUAACACCUGACAACUGUCACAGUUUACCAAAUCAUCGCUUGGACCUACCAGGUGAUGUAGCUUAUGGUGCCAGCAGCCAGUUUGAGUCAGAGGGCAGGACAGCUCUGAGACUCGCCCACUUCUUGUCCAUGUACUUACAGAACGUCAUGCCUGAUGAAAAUUUCGGUAAUCUGAGAGGUGGAGGAAUCUUGCAUAUUGAUCAGAUGUUUGCAGAGGUUCUGGCUAAUGUUAUGGGCAACUACAAAAUUUACUCAUCAGGUAUUUUCUUUGACAGGUACACAUUUCAAGAUCAAGAUCGAAGUUUUCGAGAACUUUUCGGACCAGAGGCUUUCCGCUACAAAGGUUCAUUUUACGCCGUGAAUACAGCUGGUUAUAGCAAGCAAUACAUAGAACAAGACUGGUUCUCUAUGGCCAAGAGCAGAUUCUCUACAAAUACAAUGGGCACCAAGGUCUACAAACUUAGAGCGUACUUACGGUCUGAUUCUAACGGUAGUAGCACAGCCAAACAUGAGCACUUCCCAGUGACGUACAAAGCCGCCACCUAUGAACUGGGAUUCUGGACCAGACCUUACUUCAGAUGUGAUGGCUACGUCAAUGCCUGGGUACUGAAGUAUGUCGUCCCGUUCUUUGGAGUCAACAGAAGGAAGCUAGAGUUCAGAGGUGUAACCACGGUGGAGGUACCAUUAAAUCUACUGGAAAUCAAUCAAUGCCCCAUGUCUUUCAAUGUUCCGAACGCCUUUAAAAAUACAGCAAGGUGUGACUAUUUUUCAACUAAAUGUGUUCCACUUGCUGGUUUCCCAUUUAUGCGUGGUGCCUAUCGCUGCAACUGUAGGCUUGGGUUCGAGUACUGGCAUAGUGAUGGGAAAUUUUGGAUUGAGGGCUCUCUUUUGGAACUAGAAUAUGAGAAAAAGAAAGCUGGGUUAUUUAGCAGAUUUGAUCUACUCAACUGCCGAGCAUCUGUAGCAAGUGGUCGAGUGGAACUUCAAAACAUUUACUUCCUGGCAUGUCUUUUGCUGACUUGGGUUUUACACCCAAAACUCUAGAUCUAAGCAUUCCAAUGUUUAAGUAAACUCAUCAAAGUAUUAGAUGCAUAGUCCAAGAUACUAAAGACUCUCAUAUCAGAUAUAUCAACCUAAUUCAGUGAGUCUUCAUGUGGAUUGAUACUGAUGUGUUUGCUUUUGAUUUGGUAACAAGUGUAGUUUGCAAAUGAACUUAUCUAACAUUUAAACAAAUCUUUUCUAGAACAAAAAAUGUGUUUAGUGUAUAGCUCACUGUUGAAAUAAAUGCAACAGUGCAUUUAAAAAAAAAUUCAAUAGCACUUUUAGUAGUACACUAGCCUGGCAUUACCCGCGGCCUGCGGGUCUAAGUUUGUGUUUACUAAUGUAGUGGAUUGGAUUUAGAUGUAUGUAAAACUUAGCUAAUGAUCCUUUCACAUUAAUAAAAUUAGUUUUGUGAAAAUGGGUUUAUCCGAAGCCGAUACAUUCAUAUCUAGUAAAAACGAAAAGAGCGAUAGCUUUGUUAAAUGAAUGGGAUUAUAAAGUAACAAUAAAACGAAAUAAUUUUUAGUACGCGAUUCAUGAAUGAAUAUAGAUCUAGGCCUUUAACUCGGCUUCGCAGCUUUCGUAGAUGAAUGUAGCUUUAGAAAACCAAAUUUGAAUGUUUAUUUGAUCAAAAUAUGAAAUGAAUGGACUUUAAUUAAUAUGUUUAUGUGUUAAAGUAUAAAACUAUCUGUGCGAAGAGAAGUUUUAUCAUCUUAGAGUUGAAUUAGAGUUUUAGAUCUAGGGAUGGGAUUAUAAAGUAAACAAUUAAACGAAUUAAUAUUUAUUACGCGAUUCAUUACGGAAUUGUCUAAUGAAAGAAUGUUCGUCAGGAAAUCUGUAGUCACAGAUAUAAGGAACUAAUUAAUGUAAAAAAUGCUUUUGAAACACAAAAUUGAAGGUUAAUUUUAUUAUAUAAUGAAAUCAAUGGAUCUUCUUUUGUCUUUUCAUGUGUCAAAGUAAAAAACUAUCUGCGCAAAGUGUAUUUCUUAAAAUUAGAUCUAGGUCUAAAUCCUUUCUAUCUUUUCUCAUGUCAACAUUGUAGACAUGGCCUAGAUCCAUAAAAUACUAUAGCUGUAAUAGAGUCGGACAACUUUAUUUUUUUUUUUUGAGGGUCUUACAUUUGUUUUAGGGCUACAAUACAUUCACUAAGGUCUAAGUUGGUACCCAAGGAACAUUCCUGCCUAGUUUUAUCAAGAUUGGUCAAGCGGUUUUGAUGUCUAUAAGUAACAUACAUACAUACAUACAUACAUACAUACAUACAUACAUACCCCUCACAUUCUACUUUAUAAUAUAGAUACAUUAAGUGGCAUACUUCUUAUUCUCAGUUAAAUGACAUUGUCAGUUUCACAUUCCAAAUAAAAAAGCGAAUCAAACUCUCUUAGAUUGAGACCUUUUUAAAAUGAUAUUUCAAUAUCAGUUUAAAUCAUCCUUGUGUGACGUGCAGAAGAAUUCUCUAUGAAAACCUACAAACAAUUGUUUGGUCUCCCCUGACUUCUCUACGAGCCUGGUUCAAAGUUCAAAGUUUGAUAUGUCAUUUAUUGAUAUGAGUUACAUGCAGAAAGAACUACACUGACUCCAUCGAGUGUACCACACGUGUAUCAGUUUGUAUUGUAUAUAGAUAUAUGUAACAUGAUAGGUUCUUAAAUGUUAUUGAUAUGUAAAUAGUAUGUGUUUUCAAAAUGUUUCAUGAAGAGUUAUACAAAUGUCCAAAUAUGUACUUGAGUGUAUAUGCUCAAUUGUAUGUACCAGCUGUCUAACACGUUGCAAUGCCCUGUAUGAAGUUUGAUUGAAAAACCAAGAAAAGAAUAAAAUAUGUCCCAAAAAAUAUUUCAAGAAAGUUUCGAUUUUUAAUAAAAACAAAAACAAAAAAAAACUCAAUUCUUAAAGA